AUUUUCAUAAACUUCAGGGAGGUAAACUUCAAGGACCACUGAAAAACUUAUCAAGCGACUUAAUCCACACGCACUCACUCUCGCACACUCUCUCUCAUCUGAAACUCAAUCCCCCGAUCAAUGGAGCUGACACUACAGCAACUGAAGCAGUACGACGGCACAAACCCGUCCAAACCCAUCUACCUCGCCAUGAAGGGCCGGAUCUUCGACGUCACCACCGGAAAAUCCUUCUACGGCCCCGGCGGCGACUACGCGAUGUUCGCCGGAAAGGACGCGAGCAGAGCCCUGGCCAAGAUGAGCAAGGACGAGGACGACGUCGUCGGGUCCCUCCACGGCCUGUCCGACAAGGAGAUGGGCGUGCUCAACGAUUGGGAGAAGAAGUUCGAGGCUAAGUACCCCAUUGUCGGCCGUGUCGCGUCUUAAGUUACUAACCUUGAAAUAUGUCUAUGCAAUGGUUUGUUUGUGUGUGUGUGUGUGUUCUGUGUGUUUACUAGUUGGGGUGUGAGCAAUAAAGUUGGAUAAUUGGGCUAUUUUAGUGAUGGUUUAUGGUGUGUUGGGUCAGGUUGCUUUAUGUUUGGUUUUCAUGCUGUAAUAAGGAUUGAAUGGUUUGAUAAAUCCUAAAUUGAACUUCUUA